AUGAAAAAAUUAUAUCGUUCUGGUAGCGAAGGCCAUUUGCCUUUUCUUGUUAAUCCAAUCUCAGAAAGGAGGACAUCUCUACGUAUAUGCCGAUAUUGGCGGUCAUUAGCUCGUUUACAACGUUUCGCUGUGCUCAUUUUACUCCUCUUUUUAUUCAUCAUAUGUUUUAUUGCUGCAAAAGGUACAAUAGGUGUGGACGAUAUAUAUUAUUUACCACGAAAUACUGCAAAUAAUGCACAACCAAUCGAUGCACCGCCCGAUAAUCAUAAGUCGCUGGAAGAAGUGGUUGAUAAAGAGAUGAAUGAAAGUCGCGAAGGAUCUAAGACCAAUGAAGAAAACGACCUUAAUGAUGAAAGCAAGAGGAAGAUUCAAAAAAGAAGUCAUUUUAAAGGGCCACAAAACGACAAGCAAAAAGCAGUGGUUGAGGCAUUCAAGCAUGCCUGGAAAGGAUAUAAGAAGUAUGCUUGGGGACAUGAUCAUUUGAAACCGGUUACGAAGUCUUAUAAUGAUUGGUUUGGUUUAGGAUUAACGAUUGUCGAUUCGUUAUCAACUGCCAUUAUUAUGGGGCUUGAUGAUGAAUUCGAAGAAGGACGAAACUGGGUUGCUGAAUCGCUAUCAUUUGAGAGGAAUAAUUUUGUGAGUUUCUUCGAAACAACGAUACGAGUACUUGGUGGUUUACUAAGUGCUUAUCAUUUGAGUGGUGACAAAAUGUUUGUUCAUCGUGCUCAGGAUCUUGGUUCUCGCCUUGUUGCUGCUUAUGCAACUUCAUCUCCUGUUCCAUACAGUGACAUAAGCCUUAUGAAUAGAAAGGGAAGGCAACCGUCGUGGAACACUUAUUGUUCUCUUUCCGAAAUAACCAGUGUUCAGUUAGAAUUGCGAGAUCUUUCUCGAAUAACUAACAACAGUACCUAUGAAAUGUUUGCAUUCCGGACAUCCGAGCAUGUGCACAGGGAAGGUUGUCCACAAUAUGAUGGGCUAUGUGGUAUGUUUAUCAGUCCAGUGACAGGACGAUUUAAAGAGCAUACGACCAUUACUAUGGGUGCACGAUCAGAUAGCUACUAUGAAUAUUUGUUGAAGCAGUGGCUACAAACUGGCAAAACAAUCGAUUGGUUGAAAGAUGAUUACAACCAGUCGAUGGCAGCAAUGGAAAAAUAUCUUUUACAAUACACAAAACCGAAUAAUUUUGCAUUCGUUGGUGAGAUAAUAAGUGAUAAUGUAUACUCUCCGAAAAUGGAUCAUUUGGCAUGCUUUAUUGCUGGUACUCUUGCAUUGGGAAGUUUGAAUGGUUUGCCACCAAAACAUAUGGAACUUGGAAAAGAUAUUGCAAAGGGAUGCCAUAAAAUGUACGAAACAAAAACUGGCUUAGGUCCAGAAAUCGUUUAUUUCAACAUCGAUCCAGCAAGUACUCGUGAUAUUUUAAUCAAAUAUGUGGAUGCGCAUAGCUUAUUGCGACCGGAAGCCAUUGAAGCUUGGUUUUAUCUCUACCGAGCAACAGAUGACAAAAUUUAUCAGCAAUGGGGAUGGGAAGUUUUCAAAGCUAUCGAAAGUUAUGCAAAGCUUGAAUAUGGUUACUCUUCGGUAAAUAACGUCAAAAGAAUACCCGUGACACAUAAUUUCAGGGAUAUGAUGGAGUCGUUUUUUUUGGCUGAAACUUUGAAAUAUCUUUACCUUCUAUUUGAUGAUGACAAAACUGACAUUCCUCUCGACAAAUACGUUUUUAACACGGAAGGUCAUCCGUUGCCAAUUUAUGAUCACUGA